AUGCGUUCCUUCACAAGCGGUGCGGCCCUCUUGGCCGCCGUUCAGUCGGCCCAAGCUGCCUUCCAAGGCUUCAACUAUGGCAACGUCUUCACGGAUGGUCGACCCAAGUCUCUCCAGGAUUUCACCGACGAAUUCGAGACAGCCCAGAACCUCGAGGGUACCAACGGAGCCUUCAACAGCGCCCGUCUGUACACCAUGGUGCAGGCCGGCACGACCAACGACCCCAUCGCUGCUAUCCAAGCCGCCAUCGACACCCGCACUAGCCUCCUACUCGGUCUGUGGGCGUCCGCCGGCUCAGAGGCCUUCAGUAACGAGAUUGCUGCCCUCCGCCGUACCAUCGAGGAGUAUGGCGAUCAGCUCGAUGGCCUGGUUGCCGGUAUUUCCAUCGGCAGCGAGGACCUGUACCGCAACUCGCCCACUGGCAUCGCCGCCAAUGAGAACCCGGGCGCCAACCCCAACACUCUUGUCGAUUACUUCAAUCAGGUCCGGGAUGUCAUUGAGGGCACUUCUUUUGCCGCCUACCCUCUAGGCCACGUCGACACCUGGAAUGCUUGGGACAACAGCAGCAACCAGGCCGUCAUUGAUGCGUCCGAUUGGAUUGGCUUCGACGCUUACGCAUACUUCGAGGAAACCCAGGACAACGACAUCUCCAACGGCAAGGCUCUCUUCGACCGUGCUCUCCAGCGCACCCGUAACGCCGUCGGCAGCAAGCCCAUCUGGAUCACUGAGACCGGCUGGCCCACAAGCGGCGACACUGUUGGCAAUGCCGUCCCCUCGCCCGAAAACGCCGAGAUCUUUUACCAGGAAGUCGGCUGCCCGUUGUUCGGCGAGACCAACACCUGGUGGUACUCGUUCCGCAACAGCCCUGGAACCCCCAACCCCAGCUUCGGUGUUAUCGGCCCUGAUCUGACCACCCAGCCCCUGUACGACCUGUCUUGUGACGCCGCUGGCUCUGCUUCUUCAUCCUCCACGGUUCGGGCCACGACCGCCAUCUCUGCUACUGCAUCGACUGCCACCGCUGUUGCUCCCGGACCGACGACGACCGUCGUUGCCCCCAUCCCGGGCGAACCCGUACAGGGUGACGAGGAUGAACACACUGCUGGUCCUGCUCCUAUCGAGACGAGCGAAGCUGUGCCUGCCCCCGUUCCCUCGGAUGCGUCUGAUGACCACGAUGGUGAUGACAAUAGCGAGGAACCCUCCGGUGGCGUCCCCGCCCCUGUCCCUGUGCCGGCCCCUACGGCCAGCGCGCUGUCGUCGGUCCACGUUGAGACCACUCUCGUUGGAUCUACCACCGUCACCCACGCUUCCGCCAUUCCCACUCAUGCCGGCAAUGAGACUGUCCCUGCACCCGAGCCCACUUCAACCGAGCCUGUCGAGGUUGCUCCUGGCAGCGCUUCGUCGAUGUCGUUCAGCGGCCUCGUCCUCGCAGCUGCUCUGGCUGUUGCCCUCUUCUGA